AAGUAUUUACAAAAUCGAAUACUGCCCAGCUCUGCAAGGGAGCAUGGUAGGGCACACUAGAAGAUGUAUAAUAGAUAAGGGUAUGGCAGUAAUGGGCCAGGAGGAAGACAAAACGGUAGCUAACACAAUAAAACUGGAAAGCGCAGGGGUGGUGGGAAACAAAAGGAGCGGCAGGGGCCCUCUAGAUAAUUUAGCUUUCUUAAACGAUACGAUGUGACGCAUUUUUUCCGGGAAAUAUCACGUGUUUGUUCGAGAAGAUUUUAGAAUAAUUAUGCGGGAAUCUUGAAAUGGAGAUCUCGGAAUAUCUUCACAAUAUACUAAUGUUAAUAAGAGGAAUUUUGGAUGCCAACUUGAUUGAGAUAAAUUUAACCGUUUUCCACAUUUAAUUGUCAAAAAUUAUGCUGAUUUUCCAAUUUAUCUAUAUGAGAGCUCUUAUUAUUUAUUUGAGCCUUUUUCCCUCUUAGAAGAGGUUUCAUUCUAAUGGACUGCUCAAAAGCUAACAUUAGGAGUUCUUGGCUGGGUAUAUACGAUAGGCGCGGGCUCGACCGUGUUGCCAGUUUUAAUAAUCACUUUGACGGAAAGGCAGGAGCUUUAAAUGUAUUGUGGUGUUAACUGGGGUCUCGUUUCUCUAGGUUUAAAUAAUGCUGACGAUGAGAGCGAGCCACCCUAUAGUUGAAAAUUUACGUGCUGUGAACGUCACCUGAAGAGAACCUCAGAAUUUCAGGGUUUUAAUGGUCAUUGUAAUGUUUAGUUUAUUGUAUUGUGUAUUUGUAUAGGUAAUUUAAACAUGUAAAAGCUGUUAUCGGGCAAAUUAGUUGGCCGCUUUUGAUAAAACGACACCUGUAUUGAUAAGCGAAAGUAGGAGUUCAUUUGGCGACGUCGUUGGGUGUUCGUGCGAGGCGAGCCUUCUCUGAAGUAAAUAGAGUAAUCAGUUAAAGUACAUAGUUCAAUUAUCCGACCUUUCGCAUUUACGUAAUAGAUAACGUGGCUUCCUACAUGCUCAGUGAAUAACGCAAUAGUAAACACGCAAUAUGUUCCGGACGCUCGCGUUCCUCAUCUACGUCACGUACUCAUCCGGCGUCGACUGCCUAAACGACCCCAAUGUGGUGAUUAUUGGCGCCGGUGCUGCGGGUAUCUCAGCCGCGGCGAGGCUGUACCGGAACGGUAUUAAAAACGUGAAGGUGCUCGAAGCGGGGAACCGGAUCGGUGGUCGCAUCCACAGUCUUAAAUUUGGCGAGUCCUACAUCGACCUAGGGGCGCAGUGGUGUCACGGCGAGAAGAACAACGCCGUCUACGAUCUGGUGCGAGAUUUAAACGUGCUGAAAACUAACAAGAUUGCACCAAGGCUGUACCACUCAAAGUUGAAGUUGGUCCCGAAGGAGUUCGCCGAGAAGUUCGACGAAGUGUUCCAAGAUAUCUACCUCUUGAACAGCACCAAGUACGAGGGUAGCCUGGGUGAGCUUAUGAUCGACAGAUUUAGAAAGGCGGCGCCAAAGGUUUGGGGGAAGGAGUUCGAGCGAAACCUGGCGGAGGAGUGCGUGGACUUGUGCGAGAAGUUGGUACUCUGCAACGACGGGGCGUUUUCCUGGUUUGAUCUGUCGGCCGAAAUUGAUUACGAAAUUAGCGAGGGAGAACAAGAGCUUGGCUGGAAUGGGGUGGGCUUCAAAACGGUUUUAGAGGUCUUGAUGGAGGGCACACCAGUCAGCGACAACGUUGUCCUGAACAAGGAGGUUAGCGAAAUUAUCCAGAACGGCAAUGGAACGGUUACUGUUGGUUGCACGGAUGGCACCACGUACACCGCGGAUCACACCAUCGUGACCGUGUCUUUGGGCGUACUGAAGGAUCGUGGCCUCUCACUCUUCAAACCCGAACUUCCCCGUGAGAAGCUCAACGCCAUUGAAGCCUUGGGUAUUGCCGCCGUCAGUAGUGUCUUCUUGCACUAUCCAAAUCGAUGGUGGAACGACACCUUUAAAGGCAUCUCGUUCAUUUGGGACAAGGACGAGGUAGAUCAGACAGCUGACAAAUUCCCUGAAGGUCCGGCAAAGGGAGGAAGAUCGUGGAUCACAGCCAUAGUUUACAUACUGCCGGUGCCUCGCAACCCGAACGUCCUCUCGGCCUGGUACGUCGGCGAAUUCGUCCCGCAAAUCGAAAAAACCUCAAGCGACACCAUUUCGAGCGGAAUCACGUACACCAUAAGCCUGUUUUUGGAUCGAGAAGUUCCUCGCCCCGACAAAAUCGUGCGGCACAAUUGGUAUUCCGAUCCGCAUUUCCGAGGCAGUUACUCUUACGAAACGAUGGAGUCCCGUAAAAUGGCAACGUCGCAGGCGGCCUUGUUAUCCCAACCACUUUUUAACGUGGACGGUAGACCGGUGGUGCUUUUCGCUGGCGAAGCAACCAACCCCAUUCGUUAUGCAACAGUUCAUGGUGCACUUGAAACGGGGUACAGGGAAGCCGAUCGGAUAAUCGACCUGUACAAAACCUAAAUGACAUUUUUGCUGGGUACGUUUGAUCAAAGAUGCCUUUAUAGUCCUUCUCUAGAUUCAAGUCUGUGAUCAGUUGUAACGUUACAUUUACCCACUUGCAUAAAAUCAAUUUUAUUCUCUAAGGCGGUGGUACUUCAUUUUUUGUAAUGAAAUAAUUAAAUCCACGGCUAGCUCAGUAAUAAAUGACCAAUACCUUGAAGAAAAUUGGUUCU